CAUAGUUUAGAAGUUUUGCUUCCCUAUUGAUGGUGCGACAUACAUAGUACACAAAUAAAAAGCCGCGUCUAAAUAAAUCUGCCAGGAUGCCAAUUCCAAUUACAUAUUUGUCUGGCAACGCUGCAGGCCCGUCUGGGACUGGGUCUGGACUGUCAAAGUGACAUUUUAUGGUCAUGUCUGCGAUAAUGCCCGAAACGCCGCUAUCCUCAAGAUGCGGCUUUGUACGUGGUCGCAAGCGCAUUAAGCCGCAUCCCGUCUCGGAGCUAAGGAAGGCAACCGACUUUGAGAUGCCCAGCACAGACGAGGAGAAUGAAGAGCCUUGUAGCUUGGUGUACUUCGCGGAAUCACCGAUUUUACCCCUGGCCAGUAUUAGUGAAAGCAACUCUUUCCAAGAAAGAAAGCCUGCCAAACGUUACCCAUUGCGUAAAAAAUCCUGACUGCAAUCAAU